AAAAACCAAAACCAAAAUCCAACGACGAAAGAAAAACGGAGGUCAACUACCUCGUUAUUACGCCGUUACAUCCGGCCACCCGACGAUGCCACAAGAAUACCUCUCACUACCUGUCUUUCUUUCUCUCUCUCUCUCUCUUUGGUUUACUCGCUUUAAAGUUGAACCCUUUGUCUCUGUCUCCCUCUCCUGUAACUCUAGUUAACCUUUUAACCCCUAAGCCUGAAGCCCUCUCUAUAUCUCUCUCUCUCUCUCUCUCUCUCUGUAUUCGUCAAUCUUCAUUCACCUUUCAACGUUCACUCUCUCUUUUUCCUUUUCUUUUUCUCGCCCUUUAUCAUUCUAAAUUUAUAUUAUAAAAGCACCCUUCCCCUUCUGUCUUUGUCCCAAGAGGUUUUCUUUUAUUUUUUGGUUCUUCAAAAUCAAAUCAAUUCCCCUUCUAACAAUUAAUCCUCCAUUUUUGAUCCCUUUGAUUAUCUGCCCUUUUCUUGUUUUCUUUUCUUCUAUAUUUUAAUUCAAGAAUCCCAAGAUUGUUUCUUUCUUUUCGUCUUUUUUUCGGUUUAUUUUUUGUAAAAAAACCCAGAAAGAAAGAAAUAGAAUUUCUGAGUUUCUUUGGGUUUUUCGAGAAUAUUAACAAUUCGAGGCAUAUAAGGUUGUUUUUUAUUCUGGGUUUUUUGUUUGAAAAUGGUGGUAAAGAUGAUGAGGUGGCGGCCAUGGCCGCCUCUGGUUUCAAAAAAGUACGAGGUGAAGUUAAUUGUAAGAAGUUUAGAAGGGUGGGAUCUGGUAGGGGAAGGUGGGGAGAAGCCGGAGCAACUAUCGGUCGAGAUUCGAUGGAAAGGCCCAAAGGCUUCCCUCAGUUCUUUAAGGCGAACGGUUAAGAGGAAUUUCACCAAAGUAGUCGACAGCGUUGACGAGAACGGCGUCGUUGUAUGGGAUGAGGAGUUUCAAACCCUUUGUAGCUUGUCGGCUUAUAAAGAGAAUGUGUUUCAUCCUUGGGAGAUCGCUUUCUCUGUCUUGAAUGGCUUGAACCAGGGACAAAAGAACAAGUUUCCUGUUCUUGGGACAGCCUCAUUGAAUCUUGCUGAAUAUGCUUCUGCUGCUGACCAGAAAGAGUUUGAGUUAAACAUACCUCUCGCACUCUCUACUGGCGCUGCUGAGCCUGGUCCCCAACUCUGCAUAUCACUUAGCAUGUUGGAAUUAAGAACUGCUCAAGAAACCAUCGAGCCAGUACAGACAGCGUUAGUGCCUGUUGCAUCACCUCUCCGGUCUGGAGAAACUGUCACAAUGGAAAAGGAUGAGGUUUCUGCAAUUAAAGCUGGUCUUAGAAAGGUGAAAAUAUUUACAGAGUAUGUGUCUGCCAGGAGAGCGAAAAAAGCCUGUCGAGAGGACGAUGGCAGUGAUGGAAGGUGUUCUGCCAGGAGUGAUGAUGGUGAGUAUCCAUUGGACACAGAUUCAGUUGACGGCUCUGAGGAAGGAGAAUCUGAUGAGGUAAAGGAUGAUUCUGCUGUCAGGAAGUCCUUUAGUUAUGGUACCUUGGCAUAUGCAAAUUAUGCUGGAGGAUCAUUUUACUCCAGCAUGAGGGUCAGUGAGGAAGGUGAGGACUGGGUAUACUACAGCAAUCGAAAAUCUGAUGUUGGCUGCUCAAAUGUUGAGGAUUCUGCUGCAUCAGUGUCAGAGCCAUCCCUGCUGCAGAGUUCCAAGCGCAGCAUUUUGUCUUGGAGAAAAAGGAAGCUGAGUUUUAGGUCUCCUAAAGUGAAAGGGGAACCAUUGUUAAAGAAAGCCUAUGGGGAAGAAGGUGGGGAUGACAUUGAUUUUGACCGCCGUCAGCUUAGCUCUGAUGAAUCUCUUUCCCUUGGGUGGCACAAGACAGAUGAAGAUUCAUCUGCUAAUCGUUCCUCGGUUUCUGAAUUUGGGGAAGAUAGUUUUGCUAUUGGCAGUUGGGAACAGAAAGAAGUGGUAAGCCGUGAUGGACACAUGAAGCUUCAAGCACAGGUCUUUUUUGCUUCUAUUGAUCAACGGAGUGAACGAGCAGCUGGUCAGAGCGCAUGUACGGCUCUUGUUGCUGUUAUUGCUGAUUGGUUUCAGAACAACCGUGACCUAAUGCCUAUUAAGUCUCAAUUUGAUAGCUUGAUCAGAGAAGGGUCAUUGGAAUGGAGGAACCUCUGUGAGAAUGAAGCCUAUAGGGAGCGAUUCCCUGACAAGCACUUUGAUCUUGAGACGGUUCUCCAAGCAAAAAUACGUCCUCUUUCUGUAGUGCCAAGGAAGUCCUUUAUUGGGUUUUUCCAUCCAGAGGGGAUGGACGAGGGAAGGUUUGACUUUUUGCAUGGUGCAAUGUCUUUUGAUAACAUCUGGGAUGAGAUUAGUCGUGUUGCUGCAGAAUGUCCAAACAGUGCUGAACCUCAGGUUUACAUUGUUAGUUGGAAUGACCAUUUUUUUGUCCUUAAGGUUGAACCAGAAGCUUACUACAUCAUUGACACAUUAGGAGAGAGGCUUUACGAGGGAUGCAAUCAAGCUUACAUCUUGAAAUUUGACAGAAAUACAGUAAUUCACAAGCUACCAAAUGUGGCUCAAUCAUCAGAUGAUAAGUUAGCUGGUGAUCAGCAGAUAGCAACAGCUGCAGCUGAACCUAAAAAUUCACAGGUUCAACGGGUCAAUGGGAAGGAGGAGGGUUCUGUUGCAGGGGCUGUAGUAACCAAACCUGAGGAAUCAAUCAAGAGUGAGGACAGUGAGGAGGAGGUUGUUUGCCACGGAAAAGAGUCCUGCAAGGAAUAUAUAAAGAGCUUCUUGGCUGCUAUACCUAUUAGGGAGCUGCAGGCAGACAUCAAGAAGGGUUUAAUGGCAUCAACACCGCUACAUCACCGACUCCAGAUUGAAUUCCAGUAUACCGAGUUCUUGCAACCAAUACCUGAGAUUUGUGCUACUCCAAUGACAACAGCCAUGUCGGUCGAAGUUUCAUUAACUGAAGUUGCUGCAUAGAGACUUGCUGUAAAUUCUAGGAAAGUGUGAUUACUCUAACUUGUUUUCUUUCUUUUACUAUGGGUAUCUUAUGAUGUGCAUGGGGUUUAACCUGUUUGAGCUUUUGUCAAUCAGUUUGGCGAAUAGAGUUCUGUUUCUCCUAAGUUGGCUCGAAAAUACAACAUUAUUUUUCUCGUAUGUUGGGGACCUUGAGUUAAAUUUGUGUCUAUUGGCCUAUUUUUUAGUUGCUUCACUUUCCCAUUUGCUGUCUUUCUAGGGAACAGGU